AGCUAGGGGAUCAGCCUUCCUCUUUCCUCGGCAGUAUCACCCCUCUAGGGUCUCUGAGGAACAAUGGAAGUCUUAGGGUUCUUCAGGCUGGAAGUGAGUGGCCCCAUGGUGACGGUGGCCCUGUCCGUGGUCUUCUUGGCCCUCCUGAAAUGGUACUCCACAUCAGCGUUUUCAAGACUAGAGAAGUUGGGCAUCAGACAUCCCAAGCCUUCUCCUUUUAUUGGAAACUUAGCGUUUUUCCGCCAGGGUUUCUGGGAAAGCCACAUGGAGCUCAGAAAACAAUAUGGACCUCUGAGUGGGUACUAUCUUGGUCGUCGGAUGUUUAUUGUUAUCUCUGAGCCAGACAUGAUUGAGCAGGUGUUGGUUGAGAAGUUCAGUAACUUUACCAACAGAAUGGCAACGGGUUUGGAGCCCAAACCAGUGGCCGACAGUGUCCUGUUCUUACGUGACAAAAGAUGGGAAGAGGUCAGAAGUGUCCUGACUACGGCUUUCAGUCCUGAAAAACUGAGUGAGAUGAUUUCUUUAAUCAGCCAGGCCUGCGACGUGCUUCUGACUCACCUAGAGCGUCACGCACAAUCUGGGGAGGCUUUUGACAUCCAGAGAAACUACUGCUGCUACACCACAGACGUGGUCGCCAGCGUCGCCUUCGGCACCGAAGUGGACUCCCAGGAGGCUCCUGAGCACCCCUUCGUGGAGCACUGCAGGCGCUUCUUUGCAUCGUCCAUCCCCAAACCUCUCCUGGUUUUACUCUUAUCAUUUCCAUCCAUAAUGGUCCCACUGGCCCGGAUUUUGCCCAAUAAGAACCGAGAUGAACUGAAUGGCUUUUUUAACAAACUCAUUAGGAAUGUGAUUGCCUUGCGGGACCAGCAAGCAGCCGAAGAGAGGAGGAGAGAUUUCCUCCAAAUGGUCCAGGAUGUGCGCCAUUCUGCCGCCACCGUGGGCGUGGAGAACUUUGACAUCGUCCGUCAGGUCUUUUCUGCCACCAAAUGCCCAGCAAACCCUUCCCGGCGACACCCACCCAGACCCCUGUCCAAGCCUUUGAGUGUGGAUGAGGUGGCGGGCCAGGCCUUCAUCUUCCUCAUCGCUGGCUACGAGAUUGUCACCAACACUCUCUCUUUCGCCACCUACCUCCUGGCCACCAACCCUGAGUGCCAAGAGAAGCUUCUGGAAGAGGUGGACUGUUUCAGCAAGAAACAUCCAGCUCCUGAGUACUGCAGCCUCCAGGAAGGUCUGCCCUACUUGGACAUGGUGAUUAAAGAGACCUUGAGGAUGUACCCACCGGCUUUCAGGUUCACGCGGGUGGCGGCACAGGACUGCGAGGUGCUGGGCCAGCGCAUCCCCGCGGGCGCCGUGCUGGAGAUGGCCGUGGGCGCUCUGCACUAUGACCCUGAGCACUGGCUGAACCCCGAGAACUUCAACCCCGAGAGGUUCACGGCCGAGGCUCAACAGCGCCGGCGGCCCUACACGUACCUGCCGUUUGGAGCGGGCCCCCGGAGCUGCCUCGGGGUGCGGCUGGGGCUCCUGGAGCUCAAGCUGACGCUGCUCCACGUCCUGCGCAAGUUCCGGUUCGAAGCCUGUCCUGAGACGCAGGUACCACUGCAGCUAGAAUCCAAAUCUGCCCUAGGUCCAAAAAAUGGUGUCUACAUCAGAAUCGUCUCCCGCUGACACCACCUUCUCAUCCAAAGAAAAUCCUCGUGUGAAAAUGUGGAUUUUUGUUAGAAC